AUGUCUGGGCGCGGCAAGGGCGGAAAGGGCCUGGGAAAGGGCGGUGCCAAGCGUCACAGGAAGGUGUUGCGCGAUAACAUCCAGGGCAUCACCAAGCCCGCCAUCCGUCGCCUGGCCCGCCGUGGCGGUGUCAAGCGCAUCAGCGGCCUGAUCUACGAGGAGACCCGCGGCGUGCUCAAGGUGUUCCUGGAGAACGUCGUGCGCGAUGCCGUGACCUACACCGAGCACGCCCGCCGCAAGACCGUGACCGCCUUCGACGUGGUCUACGCCCUCAAGCGCCAGGGCCGCACCCUGUACGGCUUCGGCGCCUAA